AUCUUAGCUUUCCAAAAUCCUGAAUUCAAGACUUUGGAGGAUUCCAAGAUUUUACGUUUCCAGAACCCUGAAUUUAAGAUUUUACCCGAUGUCAAGAUCUUACCUUUCGAAAAUCCUGAAUUUAAGAUUCUGACCUAUUUCAAGGUUUUAGCGUUCAAAAAUCCUUAAUUUAAGAUUGUGGCUGAUUUCAAGAUCUUAGCUUUCCAAAAUCGUGACUUCAAGAUUCUGGCCGAUUUCAAGAUUAUGGCCGAUUUCAAGAUUUUACCUUUCCAAAAUCCUGAAUUGAAAAUUUUGGCCGAAUUCAAGAUCUUAGCUUUCCAAAAUCAUGAAUUAAAGAUUUGUGCCGAUUUAAAGAUUUUCGCUUUUAAAACUACUGAAUUUAAGAUUUUGGCCGAUUUCAAGAUUUUAGCUUUGCAAAAUCCUUAAUACAAGAUUUUGGCCGAUUUCAAGAUCUUAGCUUUCCAAAAUCCGGAAUUCAAGAUUUUAGUCGAUUUCAAGAUUUUACGUUUCCAAAAUAGUGAGUCCAAGAUUUUGGGCAAAUUGAAGAUCUUAGCUUUCCAAAUUCAGAAUUCAAGAUUUUUGGCGAUUUCAAGAUCUUAGCAUUUCAAAAUAAAGAAUUCAAGGCUUAGGCCGAUUUCAAGAUCUUAGCUUUGCAAAAUCCUUCAAUUCAAGAUUUCUGCCCAUUUCAAGAUCUUAGCUUUCCAAAAUCCUGAAUUCAAGAUUUUGGCGGAUUCCAAGACUUUAACUUUCCCGAACUCUAAAUUUAAGAUUUUAACCAAUGUCAAGAUCUUAGCUUUCCAAAAUCCUGAAUGUAAGAUUUUGGCCGAUUUCAAGAUUUUAGCUUUCAAAAAUCCUUAAUUUAAGAUUUUGGCCGAUUGCGAGACCUUAGCUUUCCAAAAUCGUGAAUUCAAGAUUUUGUCCGUCUUUACGUUUUUAGCUUUCCAAAAUCGUGAAUUCAAGAUUUUGGGCGAUUUGAAGAUUUUAGCUUUCCAAAUCCUAAAUUCAAGAUUUUGGGCGAUUUCAAGAUCUUAGCUUUCCAAAAUUCUCAAUACAACACUUCGGCGGAUUUCAAGAUCUUAGCUUUCUACAAUCCUGAAUUCAAGAUUUGGGCCGAUUUCAAGACCUUAGUUUUCAAAAAUCCUGAAUUCAAGAUUUGUGCGAUUUCAAGAUCUUAGCUUUCGAAAAUCCUAAAUUCAAGAUUUGUGCGAUUUCAAGAUUUUAGCUUUCAAAAAUCCUAAAUUCAGGAUUUUGGCCGCUUUUAAGAUCUUAGCAUUCGAAAAUCAUGAAUUCAAGAUUUGGGCCGAUUUCAAGAUCUUAGCUUUCCAAAAUUCUGAAUUCAAGAUUUUGGCCGAAUUCAAGAUCUUAGCUUUCCAAAAACCGAAAUUCAAGAUUUUCGCCGAUUUCAAGAUUUUACCUUUCCGAAAUCCUGAAUUAAGCAUUUUGGCCGGUUUUAAGAUUUUACCUUUCCAAAAUCGUAAAUUCAAGAUUUUAGCCGAUCUUAAGAUCUUAGUUUUUCAAAAUCCUGAAUUCAAGAUCUUGGCCGAUUUUAAGAGCUGAGCUUUACAAAAUCGUGAAUUCAAGAUUUUGGCCAAUUACAAGAUCUUACAUUUCCAAAAUCCUGAAUUCAAGAUUUUGGCCGAUUUUAAGAUUUUUGCCGACUUCAAGAUUAAAGCUUUCCAAAAUCCUGAAUUCAAGACUUACGCCGAUUUUAAGAUCUUGGCUUUCCAAAAUCCUGAAUUCAAGAUUUUGGCCGAUUUUGAGAUUUAAGCUUUCCAAAAUCAAGAAUUCAGGAUGUUGGCCGCUUUCAACAUUUUAGCUUUCCAAAAUCCUGAAUUCUAGAUUUUGGCCGAUUUCUUUCCAGAACCCUGAAUUUAAGCUUUUGGCCGAUCUCAAGAUCUUAGCUCUCCAAAAUGCUGAAUUUAAGAUUCUGGCUGAUUUCAAGAUUUUAGCUUUAAAAAAUCCUUAAUUUAAGAUUUUGGGUGAUUACAAGAUUAUAGCUUUCCAAAAUCGUAAAAUCAAGAUUUUUGCCGACUUCAAGAUUUUACCUUUCCAAAAUCGUGAAUUCAUGAUUUUGGGUGAUUUGAAGAUCUUAGCUUUUCAAAAUCCUGGAUUCAAGUUUUUGGCUGAUUUCAAUAUCUUAGCUUUCCAAAAUCCUGAAAAGAGUUGGGGUGAUUUCAAGCUCUUAGCUUCAGAAAAUCCUGGAAUCAAGUUUUUGGCCAAAUUUAAUAUCUUAGCUUUCCAAAAUCCCGAAUUCAAGAUUUUGGUUGAUUUCAAGAUUUUAGCCCUUCAAAAUCCUGAAUUCAACACCUUGGCCCAUUUUAAGAUCUUAGCUUUUUAAAAUCAUGAAGUCAAGAUUUGGGCCGAUUUCAAGAUCUUAGCUUUCCAAAAUCCUGAAUUCCAGAUUUUGGUCGAGUUCAAGAUCUUAGCUUUCCAAAAUCCUGAAUUCAAGAUUUGUGCCCAUUUCAAGAUUUUGGUUGUCAAAAAUCCUGAAUUCAGGAUUUUGGCCAAUUUUAAGAUCUUAGCAUUCGAAAAUCAUGAGUUCAAGAUUUGGGCCAAUUUCAAGAUCUUAGCUUUCCGAAAUUCUGAAUUCAAGAUUUUCGCCGAUUUCAAGAUUUUACCUUUCCGAAAUCCUGAAUUAAGCAUUUUGGCCGAUUUUAAGAUUUUACCUUUCCAAAAUCGUAAAUUCAAGAAUUUAGCCGAUUUCAAGAUCUUAGUUUUCCCAAAUCCUGAAUUCAAGAUCUUGGCCGAUUUUAAGAGCUGA